ACAUACGUUAUUGUUAUUACACUAGUCACGAAAAAUUUCAAAGUACUAAAACAUUUUAUAAACUCAAUAACAUGCCAACUAUGCCCACCCGUACGGUUCAAAUUUUAUUAGUUUAUUUGACAGGGGCGGGAGAAAAUGUUUGUCAUUAGAUGAUAAAGGUUCAUGAUAAAAGAGGGGAAAAAAACCAAGUUUUGCGUGCAGGGCUGCAGGUUGCCAGCUGCUGCAAAUUGCGGAUAUUAUUAUUUUCAAAAAAUUAGCUCACCGUUAUCAUUAUUUUGGAUUUUGGGGGACAUCUCCGCCGUUCGUUGCUAGUGAAACAGCCAACUAAACGCCGAACUAUAAUUGUGUCGUACUGGCGUUGAAUUUCAAAAUAAUCAUAAAAAAAGAUUCCUCCCCUUCAAGAAGUGCCUCUGAUAUGAGGUAUCAUACAUCACUUGCACAAAACAAAAGCAAAAGCCGGUUUCAGAACAUGUUGCAUAAUAAACAGACCUAUGUAAACGUUACUUGUUUACAAGACAUUUUAUCAGCAUCUCCUUUAGAGGUCGCAUCGCACAAUCUGUUCUCAGUUCAAGGCCAGCGGACUGUUCCUUGUGCUCUGUUCCUCUUCGUGUGAAGACAUCGUGCACACGCUUGCUGGACUGCCGCGGUGUGCGCAGCUUGUUUCCCAGCCGUGAAGACAGAUGGCGGCGGUCAUCAGGAACCCUCCGGUGCAGUCCAAGGCGCUGCACUCUCCCCCUCUGGAUGAGGUCGCGUCAGUGCUGAGCGGCGGCUUGAAGGGCAACUUCGCGGAAGUGGACGUGAGGGUGGUGCCGUGCCCGGACCUCACCAAGGAGCCCUUCACCCUCGCCUGCAAAGGCCUGGGGGGCAGCCCGCGGCUGGUGGAGGUGGGCGGCGUGCCCUACCUGGUGCCCCUGGUGCAGCGGGACAGACUGUACGACCUCAAGGACGUGGGCUCCUGGGCCGAGGUGGAGCCGGCCUUCGUGAUAGGGGCGGGCGCCGGCCCCUGGCCGUACGCGGGCGUCAACUGCGAGAUGAUGGUGAACAUGGAGGUGGCGGCCGGCAGGGUGAGCAACCACACCAGGAUCGCCAGGGUGGACCCAGGGGACGGCAGCUGCGUCCAGGAAGUGCUGCCGGACUCCGAGACGCGCUGCGCCCUGCUGGCCAACUUGUUCUGUGCUCAGGGGACGCCCGGCCAGGUGCUGCAAGUUAUUUGCAAGAAGCGUACUGGUGCUGAUGACUUUGUUUCAAGCAUCAGAAAAACUUUACAAAGCUUCUACAAGGAUAAGGCUGUAGGUCUAGGUGGCACAUUCCUCUUGAAAGAGGGCAAAGCCAAACAGCAUGUGAUGCCGGACUUCUCAACCGUGCCCCUUAAUUCAGAUGCGGACGUUGAGAACUGGCUGCGAUUCUUCAACAUGUCAGCGCCUCUGAUUGCCGUCGGAACUCUAGUUUCUGCCGACCCAGGCCUGGACCUGCGCGUGCAGCACUUCCACAGCUUCAGCCACCACGGCAAGGGCGGUCACUACCACAUCGACACAGAGCCCGAUGCCGCCCACUACCUCGGCUACUUCGCAGUCGCGGAGGCCGUCUGUCGCGUCGACAAGCCCCAGGUCACGCAUCUCAUCGGCAGAGACUAGCGCAGAAGAUUUCACGCCGUGAGAGUGAUUCGGGUCUUCAAGUGGGGUGUUUCUGGUUGCAUGGGAUUCCAAACAAGUUUUUGUAUAUAAUUUUGAGAUUGGUAUGUUACGAAUGCAAAUAUAUAGUUUUCUAUAUCAA